AUGAAAUCAACUGACCCCAACCAAUUUCCUGAGGCCAUUUCUUCUUCUCAGCUUAAUCAUGAUCCACCUAACGACUUACACUCUCUAUUCAGCUGUUAUAAUGAGUCGUUACGACCUCAACUGGAGAUGUAUGCACUUGUCUUAACUCGUGACAUUAAUGUCAGGCCUCUUGCUGCGUGGUUCAAUGAAGAUAUUAGGAAUGCCAAACGCUUGAGACUAAAUGCUGAAAAGACGGGGAGAGCUCCAAGAUUAUCUGUUGAUCUUGCUGCUUUUAAGAAGGAAAGAAAUCGUGUGGUAAAUUUGAUGAAUGAGACACGCCGUGUUUACUUUAAUCAGUUUAUCGAAGAUAACAGCACAGACCAGAAGAGGCUUUUCGCGGUAAGUAAGAGUUUAUUGAACAUGAGGAAAGAUCGAUCCCUUUACACAUUCUGUUUUACUUCUUGCAAACAAUAUGGGUCAGUUUUUUAUUGCCAAGGUAACCAAUAUCAGUUCAAAGCUAAACGGCAUUCUUGCUGUCAACGUCCGAGCCCAACCUGGAAU